GAAUCGAUCGGUCGUCUGGAGCCAACAGUAGUGAACUAGAGAAGUCACUUCAUCCCCGUCGACAGGAGGAGGUGCGUGUGCGCUCCUCUCCUCUCUCAGCUUCAGCAUGGACCCCGCGACCUCCAGGAUGUCCGCGUCCCCCCGGGGCCUCUCGGAGAGGGAGGUGGCCCUGCACUGCACCCGGGAGUCCUGCUGGGUGCUGCUGGGCUCCAGGGUGUACGACGUGACCGGCUUCCUGCGGAUGCACCCGGGCGGGGAGGCGCUGAUCCGCGGCCGCGCCGGCAGGGACGUGUCCGCGGAGAUGGAGGGGCCGCCGCACCGGCACUCCGAGAACGCGCGGCGCUGGAUGGAGCAGUACUACAUCGGGGAUCUGGACAGGGACAGCGGAGCCGGAGAGCCACAGACUCUGAGAGAGAGGAGGAAGACCGGUGAGCCGGCAGAUGGACAGACGGCAGAAAGGACGACAAAGAAUAAGGUGGAAGACGAGGACGUUAGCUCGCCGUACAGCCGCUGCAACUCAGUGGACCUGGACAAGGAUUUGGUGGACUGGCGGAAGCCCCUGGCUUGGCAGGUGGGUCAUCUGGGAGAAAAAUACGAUGCGUGGGUUCAUCAGCCAGUCGACAGACCUAUCAGACUGUUUGGAAACCCCUUCAUGGAAGCCAGCACCAAAACUUCCUGGUACUGGGUUCUGGUGGUGUGGCUUCCUGUUGUCUUUUACUUCUGCUGGUAUUGCUACACCACUCUGGCCAAGGGCACCACAAGGAUUGUACUUUUUGCAGAUCUCUCCGUCCCGAUUCACAAGUACAUGUUCCCGGUGUUCUUCAUGCUGGGCUGGAUCUUGUGGUCGUUCAUCGAGUACUGCAUCCACCGUUUUGUCUUCCACAUGAAACCGCCAGCUCAUAACUACUACCUCAUCAUGCUGCACUUCCUCCUGCAUGGACAGCACCACAAGUCUCCAUUCGAUGGCUCUCGCCUGGUCUUCCCUCCUGGCAUCGCCGCCAUAGUGGUGGGCGUCUUCUACGCUGUCCUCAGAAACAUGCUCCCAGAGAUUCUGGCGGCAUCCGUGUUUGCCGGAGGGCUGUGCGGCUACGUGGUGUACGACAUGAUCCACUACUACCUUCACUACGGCUCGCCGAAGAAAGGCUCGUACCUGUACGGGCUGAAGGCCUACCACGUCAAACACCACUUUGAGCACCAGAGAUCAGGCUUUGGGAUCACCAGCACAUUCUGGGACCACCCCUUCAACACGGUCAUCCCUGAUGAGAAAUUUUAACGCAGAAGCCGCUCACCUGAAGGACGAUGGGACUUUUCAGCAACCAGCCCCAAUGUUUUUACCACUUCGGCUCCUCCUCUGUUUCUCUCUUUUAUUUUUCCAGCUCUGCUGCUGCAUUUUCCACCGACAAAUGGGAUAGUGUGGGAGCUAAUCUAUCAAUAUUCAGUGUAACAAAUUAACCAGGAGCACAAUAGCCUCUUCAGCUCAGUCAAAUGAGUAUGUUGACCAGCCUGCAUCAUUUCCUCAUUUCCACACAGCUGCAAGGCCAUUUAGGGUCAUCGUUUAAAGAGCAAACUGAUGCUUCACCUCACUGGGCCCCACAGCCAAACCCUUCACCUGACCUCCAGUCACACACCUGCAGUUAGCAGGCGGGCCAGGGAAAGGGCACAUUCAUGAGCAAACGUUUUGUGUUUUCGUUGUUUUAAGGAAAUGAUAUGACUCGGCUACAGUUGUAGUCGCCUGUGAAGCGCAACUAAAAUACCCAGAAAUAAUGUUUGAUAAACAUUCUAACACAGUCACAUACUGUAAAUUCAUGUGCAUCAAUGCAAAAGCACACCAUCAGAGAGGGGAAAGGAAGUGACAGAUGGCAGGUGAACGUGGAGAAUGGAGGGAGGAGAAGGUGACCAAAGUGUGUGAGCGUCAGAGUGCCUCUCUGGGAGCCAACUCAGGAAAAAACCUUGGUUCCUCCCUUGCACUGUCCGCAGCUUUAAAGCUCCCUCCAUCCUGUCUGGACUCUCUGUAGACGAUUUUCAAGCAUCUGUGAACAGAAAACUUUAGUUUUCAGAUAAUUGGAUGUCGCUGAGAUUAAUUUCGCAGCAUACCUUUAAUUUAUGGAUCACAAGCAUAGCUACGAGAGAGGUUUACUGCAGUGCAGUUUGUUCAGUCCAGGUCCUCAGAAACCACCACCUCCUUAUUUUUAUUUUGUUAUACGUUUCCCUCGGAAACCCGGACUGAAGAGCACAGCUGUAGUGUGCUGCAUGGGAUGUUUUGUUGAUGUAAAUCAGAGUUACAAAUGUUCAAAGCCAAUAUGCACAUAUAUCUUUUGCAAGUCUGUUGUAAUAUUUCCUGUUUCCCUUUUAACCCCGUUUAUGAUUAAUCAAGGUUUAAAAAAAAAAACAAAAAAAACAUGUACUUAUAUAUUCUUAAGACGCUUUGUACAGAAGUGGAAUUGCUUAACUUGCACGAGCUCUGUGCUGUCAGUGAGAGGGUGAUAUGAGGGCGUAUGCAGAGUGAUAACUUGAUGUGUUUAGACUGAGAGAAGGAUGUUGUCGAGGUGACAGAGACAAAGCCGAAGGCAUGAAACCAGGCACUCAGAUUUCCUGCUGUGGGGAUCUCUGUGUCACUGAAACUCUUACCGUCCUCACCUUACUCUGGACGGACCCCCAGGUAUCAUCCGCUGGUUUGUGAAGUGACUUGAAUUAGUCAUUUUGCCACUUUUUAUGGCAAUUGCACAUCAGCUUCAUGCUUGACAGCGGAUGACUACCAUAUCCUUUUUUUCUACAGUCUAUUCUCUGAAGGGAUAUUUAGUUUUUUAAUGUUAGAGGUUCCAGCUUUUGGCCGUAUCGCUGUUUAGUUAACAGCACUGGUUUCUUUGGCCCAGCAGAUCCCUGCAGAGGAUGACGAUCAAUGAACUAUCCGACUCGACAGCAGGCGAUCUUGGCAGCAACUGGCCGAUCCUUAGCAUGUCUCCUCUAAACACCCGACAACAGCGCCGAUAACUCAAGCAGAACAAAAUUAAUUUAAUCCCUUUUCUUACACAGCAAAGAGA